CGCCACCGCCGCCGACCACCGCUACCGUAGGGGCCGGACCGUCGUCGUCGUCGGCCGACGCGAUCGGACAACGCGUCGCCGCCGCGCCGUUACACGGUGGUUACGUUAGUUGUCGAAAAAAAAAAAAUCAUAUCGCUGUAAUAGACUACGUACGAGCGACGCGCAGACCAGUACCGCUCGCCGCUCGGCGUACUUGACAGCGCACGUCUGGAAGCGUGCUUGGCGCUUUUAAUAAUAAUAUUAUUAUUCGCAUACUUUGACAUUUCGCGCGCUUUUGUGUCAUUUAAAUAUAAUAUUAUUAUUUAUCGCACCACUGCGAUAUAAUAUCGUAUAACGCGUGUUCAGUAUCAUUACGACACGUCGUCGAAUUAUCAUCUGCCGAGCUCAGCGCGAGACACAUCGAACCACUAGACCCUCCGAAGUCCAGAGCUGUCUCAUGGCCGCGGAUCCCGAGUACUGGGUGUUCGGAUACGGAUCGUUGUGCUGGAACCCGGGUUUCGAAUUCAAGGAUUCCAUGGUCGGUUACGUGCAGGGUUUCUCCAGGAAGUUCUGGCAGGGUAACAUUGCGCACCGAGGGACCAAGGAAAAGCCUGGACGUGUGGCCACAUUAGUUGAAGACCCUCAGGGUUUCGUGUGGGGCAAGGCGUUCCUGUUGCCGGACGAGACGGCGUUCAGGUACUUGGAGAUGCGGGAGGUGUACCUGGGCGGUUACCAGGUGCACAAGGUGGACGUGCGGUCGGACGGCGCGGACGAGUGCUGCCGGCGGACCGUGAACGCGACCGUGUACGUGGCCACGCCGGACAACGGCCAGUGGCUGGGCGAAGCGCCCGUCGACGAGCUGGCCACGCAGGUGGCCACGUGCACGGGACCGGCCGGCCACAACGCCGAGUACGUGAUACUGUUGGCGCGGUGGGAGCGGCAGCACGCGCCCGUGCACCGCGUCGACGUCGAACUCAGCAAGCUCGAACUGCUCGUGCUGGAACGGUUGCAGUCCAUCGGCGUGCGGCCCGACGACGUGCUCACCACCAACAACAUGCCGUCGUUCUCGUCCAUGGUGCCCGAAAAGAAGUUGAGAUGUUUGAACAUCUGACCCGAAUUAUAUGUUAUAAUAGGUACGUGUGUGCACGCUACUUCGUAAAUCCGUUGACCAAUAUUAAUGUAAUAUUAUUAUAUAAUUACGAGUGAUGUUAUUAUAAUGGCAUCGCACAAUAAUAUAACUACUACCUAACUAUAUAUUUUUUAUAUCGAACGCCUCCGGUUGACAUUUUUCGGGUACACGAUAUUUUGAUAAAAACGAAACGGCGCGAUGAUCUAUUCUGACUUUCGUCUGCGUGACGCGAAUAUAGUGAAUAUUAUUAUGUUUUAAUAAUAAUUCUAUUCUACUCUGCGUGUAUUAUAAUAAAAUAUCGAACAGUACGUACCUACUUAUGGAGAGAAAAGCAUCUCUACGUAAUACGACAUCGUUGACGUUAAAAUCGACACGUACAUUAUUGUAUAUAAAACUCCGACUCUGUGGGGUAUGAUUUUAUUUGUAAAGUUAUAUUUUAUAAAUAUAAUAUAUGUGUAUCACACUAUAUACAACGAAAUAAGUACAAUUUCUUAACUGCGAUAGGGACACAGGGUGAUACAUAAUAUAAUACACUUAUAAAUUAUUAUUUUAUUUUGUUGAUGUUUUAUACAAUUAUUAAUAUUUAUUACUAUUACUAUUAUUAUUAUAAUUACUAUUAUUCUUAUUAUUAUUACUAUCAUCCUCGUCGUCAUCAUCAUUUUAAUCACCAUUAGAUUACAUUAGAUAUUACUGCUAUCGUCGUACGAUGGAUUGAUUUCCGCACGAUUUGCACGCGUCAGUGCCUACAAUAUUUUUAUUUUUAUACACACACGACGAUGACCGUGAUCGGCGUAUUGUUAUUAUGUUUAUAAAAUAAAUUGUCAAAGAUGUCCAUAACGUGUGUAGGUACCUACCGCCUAGAUAUGUGUUUAUAUAAUAUAUUAAUAUAUAAGUGUAUGUGAUGUUUUUUUUUAUAUAUCGACGUGUUCAAACGUCGCGAAAACCGAACCAUAUAUGUGUAUAAUGUAAUCAUGUAUACAUCAUAAUAUAUUGAUGUACCUAUGGAUUGGGUAAAUAAUAUAUAUUAUAUAUUUCGCGUGUGUGUAAAAAAAAAAACAGCCCCUAAAUAUUGUGAAUAUUAUAAUAGGGGCUCAAAUAUAUUUUUAGUAUAUACCGUUAAGUCGAACGCAUGAAACAAUAUAAUAUCUUGUAUAAAAUAUAAUAUGUAUCUAUAUAAUAAUAUAUACCAUUAAAAAUAAUAUAAUAUAUAAUAUAUUUUUUUAUAUCUAAUUUAUAGUGUCCGUACCGCGAAGGUAUUUUUAUUUUGUAUUAUUAUUUAUUAACGCAAUUGUUUUAUAUAAUAUAUAUAUGUUUAUUAUAUUAUAUACUUGUAUAACUUGAUGUAAAUAAAUAAAUGCGUAGUUUGUUCA